AUGGACCAGCCCAGUGGAAGGAGUUUUAUGCAAGUUCUUUGUGAGAAAUACAGCCCUGAGAACUUCCCCUAUCGCCGUGGGCCUGGCAUGGGGGUGCAUGUCCCAGCCACUCCACAAGGCUCACCUAUGAAAGAUCGACUCAACCUGCCCAGCGUGCUGGUGCUGAACAGCUGUGGCAUAACCUGUGCAGGGGAUGAGAACGAGAUCGCUGCCUUCUGCGCUCACGUCUCUGAGCUGGACCUCUCUGACAACAAGCUGCAAGACUGGCAGGAGGUCAGUAAAAUUGUGUCCAACGUUCCCCACUUGGAGUUUCUAAACUUGAGUUCCAACCCUCUCAGUUUGUCCGUUUUAGAAAGAAGUUGUGCUGGGUCUUUCGCUGGUGUUCGCAAACUUGUGCUCAACAACAGCAAAGCUUCCUGGGAAACAGUCCACACAAUCCUGCAGGAAUUACCAGACUUGGAGGAGCUCUUCCUGUGCCUUAACGACUAUGAAACAGUGUCUUGUUCCCCAGUUUGCUGUCAGUCUCUCAAGUUACUCCACAUAACCGACAAUAAUCUUCAAGACUGGACUGAAAUUCGUAAACUGGGAAUUAUGUUUCCAUCACUGGACACCCUUAUUCUGGCUAACAACAACCUCACGACCAUCGAGGAGUCGGAAGAUUCCCUGGCAAGGCUGUUCCCCAAUCUGAGGUCCAUCAAUUUGCACAAGUCAGGUCUGCAUUGCUGGGAAGACAUCGACAAGUUAAAUUCUUUUCCCAAGCUGGAGGAAGUGAAGUUGCUGGGAAUCCCUCUGCUGCAGUCCUACACCACGGAGGAACGCAGGAAGCUGCUAAUAGCAAGGUUGCCAUCCAUCAUCAAGCUCAACGGGAGCAUUGUUGCUGAUGGGGAGCGAGAGGACUCGGAGCGGUUCUUCAUCCGCUACUACAUGGAGUUCCCAGAGGAGGAAGUCCCAUUCAGGUAUCACGAGCUGGUCACCAAGUACGGGAAGCUGGAGCCCUUGGCAGUCGUGGACCUGCGGCCGCAGAGCAGCGUGAAGGUGGAAGUUCACUUCCAGGAUAAAGUGGAAGAGAUGUCGAUCCGUUUGGAUCAGACUGUGGCAGAAUUGAAGAAGCACUUAAAAACUGUGGUGCAGCUGUCCACCAGCAACAUGCUGCUCUUCUACCUGGAGCAGGAAGCUCCUUUUGGCCCCGAGGAGAUGAAAUACAGCUCGCGAGCGCUGCACUCGUACGGCAUUCGGGAUGGAGAUAAAAUUUACGUGGAGCCCAGGAUGAAGUAGCCUCUUCUUGACUCUGGGAGGCCCCCCACACACCCACACACAUGCAUUAAGGAGUUUUUUGGCAAGGUUUUUCUUUCGGUGGGUCGGUUGUGGUUUGGUUGCGUUUCUGUAGCGGGUGAUUUGGAAGCCUGGAAGGAGGUGCCCUGAUCUGAGAAGCGUGACCACCCUCCACUGCAGGUGACCUGGAGGUGACAGUUGACUUUGGUGCCUGUGUUUCAGUGUGUGCAAUACCCUGAGGUUUUCUUUGAUGCUCCGGUAUACUCGUGACUUGGC